AUGAGACAAAAGAUGAUCAUCCUCGUUGCGUCAGUGAUUUCCGUUUGCCUUAUUAUUUUUAUGGUUUCAGUUGAAAGGAAAACAAACCAUACACCACAAACAAAAGAAAAUACAAUUCUUAACAAAUAUUCAAACUCCAUUCCGAAAAUUAUUCAUCAAGUGUAUUUUAUUGGAAGACCUCACAAUGAAAGCGAUCUUCCUAAAGGACUCAAAAAUGCUAUGAAUACUUUUAAAUAUAAUAAUCCUCAUUAUGUUCAUCGGUAUUUUGAUGACGGGAAUGCAAUGAAAUUUUUGGUCGAUCAUUUUGGAGCCGAUUCAGAUGAAGUCUAUGCAUUUCGGAAUUUGCGUCCAAGAGCUUUUAAGAGCGACUUUUUAAGAUGUGCAAUUCUUUGGAUCCAUGGAGGCUUUUAUGUUGACUCCGACAUGUUGUUAUUGUCCCCUUUUGAAAAGUGGAUACAAAAGAAUGCAACAUUUGUGAUUCCCGUUGAGAUGGACAAACCAUUCGGGUUCAGUAAUGGUCUGAUUGGAAGCAUUCCUCGACAUCCAAUGCUGAGAAUUGCCAUGGACAUGAUCAUUUAUAAUGUAAAAAACAAGUAUUACCCAGAUGUGCCUCGACAGCUCGAACAGAAAAAUUCCUUUCUUUCUGUUCUUGCGGUUUCAGGACCCGUUCUCAUGGGAAAGGUGUACAAUAGAUUUAUGGGAGAGGCAGAUGAGGUUCCUCACAAUUUAAAUCUUGCGUCAACAAAGGGAAUUCAAAUACUUGGAUUUUGCAAAAUCCCUCCAAAAGAUGAAGAUGAAUGGUACACAACUGUGCCUUUUCCUGAAAAAUCAUCUGUAUGCAUGGGAGAAAAAGUUAUUCAAACAAGAUAUCCAGGAUUUAGGUCUGAACAAGCAAGCACUGGAGAAGAACAUUAUUCCACUUUGUACGAUCAAAGGAAGGUCUUUAUUUAA